GUAGAAGUGACAGAAAUAUUAUUUCAUUAUAUCCAUAAUUAAUUCUGAGACCAAUAUUUAUUCAAUGGCUAAAUUAUGGGGCGGAAGAUUUGAUGAUUGUAUUGAUCCUGUGUUGGAAAAACUUAAUUCUUCAAUAAAUACUGAUCAAAGAUUAUGGCGAGUGGAUAUAAAAGGCAGUAAAGCAUAUGCCAAGGGUUUAAAGGAUAUAAACCUUUUAACUCAAGAAGAAGAGAACGAAAUUCAAAAAGGAUUGGACAAUAUUUAUGAUGAAUGGGAGAAUGAAAAAUUUGCUAUACAAUUGUCCGAUGAAGAUAUUCAUACAGCUAUUGAACGAAGAUUAAAAGAAAUGAUCGGACCAGAAACGGGUGGCAAGCUUCAUACAGGUAGAAGUCGAAACGAUCAAGUAUCAAAUGAUAUGCGAUUGUAUAUACGUCAUGAAAUGUAUCCUAAAUUAUCAUUGAUUCUAUCCUUACUUUUACAGGGGUUAAAAAACCGAGCUAAUCAAUAUAUUUUAAUUUCAAAAGAUGAGACAACUAAUAAACCUUUGAUAUUCCCCGGUUAUACUCAUUUACAAAGAGCCCAACCUGUCGCCUUUAGCCACUGGAUUUUGAGUUAUGCUUGGCCUUUUAAACGGGAUCUAGAUAAAUUAAAAUAUAUUGUCAGUCAGGAACCAUGGGGUAUAUCAACACUUUCUUUAGGCAGUGGGGCAAUAGCUGGAAACCCUUUAAAAGGAUUUGAUAGGAUUAAACUAGCGAAAGAGCUAGAUUUUCAACAUUGUUCUUUAAAUAGUAUGGAUGCAACUUCUGAUCGAGAUUUUAUAAUGGACAUAUUAUAUUGGGCAUCAAUUGUGGGAAUCCAUUUAAGCCGAUUAUCUGAGGACCUAAUACUUUAUUCUACGAAAGAAUUCGGUUACAUCAUACUUCCUGAUAAAUAUACAACAGGUAGUAGUCUGAUGCCACAAAAGAAAAAUCCUGAUAGUUUAGAGUUGAUCAGGGGGAAAAGCGCUAUUUUAAUUUCUAAUUGUAACGCCCUCUUAGUAAUAUUAAAAGGAUUGCCGUCGACAUACAAUAAAGAUUUGCAAGAUGAUAAAAGACUUUUAUUCGAUUCCUUUGAUAUUUUAUUGUCCUCGUUAAAAAUUAUGGUCGGUAUCAUAGAUGCAUUUGAGGUAAAUGAAGAUAGAUGUUACAAUGCCUUAUCGCCAGAUAUGUUAGCAACAGACCUAGCAUAUUAUCUAGUUAAUAAAGGACUGCCUUUUCGAGAUGCACACCAUGUCUCAGGUAAAGUAGUGAAUUUUGCGGAAAAAAAUCUUACAACUAUUGACAAAAUUGAUUUGAAAGAUUUAAAGAACAUAAAUCCUCUCUUCGAAAAAGACGUUAUAAAUAUUUGGAAUUACGUUAAUAGUGUGGAACAAUAUAAGGCUAUCGGCGGAACUGGCACUUCAAGCAUAUUAUCACAAAUCAAUGUAUUAGAUCAAUAUUUGAUUGAUAAAUGAUAUAUAAUUCCUUGCUUUAUAUAAUUCUAUUUUUAAUAUAUAUUUUGUAUUGACCAUUCGAGGAUACUCGCAUCUAACGAUGAAGUGUAAAAGAUGCCAUCAUUAAUAGGAUGUGCAAUGCAGUUAGUUAUAUCACCGAAAUGUGCAUUUUUAAAUUCUUUAAAUGCAUCAUUAUCAACUUUAUAUUUAAUAAUUUUAUUUUUUAAAGGAACGAUAUAGGAAUUAUCAGCAAUUAUAAAUCUUUUCAAUAAUUUUUCUUGAUCUUUCCCUAUAAUAUUCUAUAAUAUUUUAUAAAUAAAUUUAAUCUAAAAUAUAAUUACAUCAAAAUUUAUGGCGUUUGAUUCGGUAUUAAUAUUCAACAAGUCGUAUGUAUAUAGUUUUCCAUCGCUGUUUAACAUACCAAUCUUGUGGCAAUCUUUUCCAAAUUCUAAACCUUGUACCCAGGGUUUUGAAUGAUCUGAUUUAUAUAAUUUAACACGUUUGUAAAAUUUAAUAGGUAUGUUUUCGUCUUGAAAAU